AUGCGUGGGGAUCCUCCUCGAUGCAAACUGCGAUGUUGGUAUUUACAACAACGGAGGUUUCUUGCCAUUCACUAUUUAUUUGUAAGUAUAGUCCACCACGAUUGGGAUAGACGAGAAGAGAUUCUUAAAAUUACGGCGCUGCAGCAUCCUUGGCUGGUGAAUGCCUUGACAAGGGAUCUUCACAUACGCUCGCCUCUAAUAAUAUUAGCUGGGAAUCCUCAAGUCGAAGCACGGAGUCUCAGCUUGAUCUUGGCCUUUCUUUUUCAGGGCCGCUUUGGAGUGGAUCUCGAAGCUCGUGAUGAUUCUGGGAGGACAGCUGCACUCGUGGCUCUGCGACAAGGCAACCUCACAUGUCUGCGACUUUUGGUUGAAGCUGGGGCUCGACUGGAUGUAGUAUACAAACAGGGGAACAUCCUCCACAUCGCCGCUGUCUAUUCCAAUGCCAGUACACUACAGUACUUACGAAGCCAGAACGUGGAAGUCAGCUGGGUUCUUGGGGUGGGGAACCAAUCCUGGACCGCGUGGCAUUGCCUUCGAGAUUGCAUGACGUUCACCGACUCUGAGCUUUCCGAUACGGGGUGGCGGCGGCCCUCAGUAGUCGAAGCUCAUGAGUUUGCACUGUUGUACAGUGAGGUGAGAGACAGGUGCCUGCAAAAGGAGCUCGGGUUUUUGGAGGAAGUGAUGGAGGCACUGGCUCGGAGGGAUGGCGAUGCGGCAACGAAAUGCUUGAAGCCUCUGAUGGAAUAUAUGAGCGCAAUGGGGUGGGAUUGGCCAUAUGAAAUUUAUUGGGUCGUGGUUCUUCAAAUCAAGGACAGAUGUGGGAUGCUGCAACUGAAGCGAUCGAAGGAACGAGUGGAUGUUUGUCAGGUGGACAUGCGGACUUCACCUUGGAGAUAUUGGCCUAGCUUUGAUGACAAGCCAGAUCAAGAGGACUAUUCAGAGGUUUACAAGCAAUUUGACGAGUUGCUUGUGGAAAAGUAUGGCGACAAGGCGGUUUUGUUUUACGACAAUGAGAUAAACGAGGAGACUGACACCGCGGAGGAAUGGCAUGAGGCCCAGGAGGAGGUAGCCAGCACUGAUGAGGAGCUGGAAAGCGACGAAGAAUGA